GUAAUUGUAGGAAGCCAAUUCUUCCCUCCCGGGAACAAUACAAACAGGUAAGAGUAUGUGUUGCUAGGAGGGCAGCAGCUUGGCAUUUGCUAAAUGCUGAGCAGGUGAAAAACAGUUUCAAUACUUGGUAGGAAUAGCUAACAAGCAGACCGGAUUGACUAGAUGGUGCCAAAAGUUCCAGCUAAUCAGAACCUACCUGCAAGGCUGAAAUAUUUCAAACAUUUACAAAAUAAGGCUUUUGAGUGGAUAUACUGGCUCUGUUAUGUGGAUUUCUAAAAAAGCUCUAUUUUAUGAAAAAAUCUGAAGAUUGGCUCCUAUCACAUCCGUGGUUAUGUGAGUCCUUCCCUCGCCGUGCUGAUAUCACCACUUGGACUUGGCAGUGGAGAACUGAACUACAAGCAACACAAGUUCUGCAGAAGGUCUUGAAUAAUAAAAUCACAUUUAACAAAUCUGGAAUACUCAUAACUAGAUCUUUGUAAUUAGCUGUUUUUAUUCUUUAACCAUUUUAAACCUAAAUGAUUUUUUACUUAGGGAACCAAACAAGAUGCACAUGGUUUGUGAAAUAUAGGAAAUGUUACCUUAGUGAGCGGUAUUUUAGAGUAUUUUCUUCCAAGUCAGAAGCUGAUUAAUGUGCUGGUAACGUGACAAAGAGAAUGUGGACCCUCUAUAUCAAAGGACCCAGGCCUAAAAAAUCUAUACAAAAAGAAAAGAAAGACUCUGUCGCUCUCCCUCCAAUUAUUAAAAAACCAAAUUCCACCUUAUCAGGAAUGCCAAGGUCAAGCAGCUGGAGUGGGCAGAUAAAUCCCAAAUCUGUUCAAGAAAUGUUCUUUACCAUGGCGAUUUCUGACACUCAAAAGGCACUGCAGAGAAACAACAGUCUGAGAGAUGUCAGUCUGGAAGACAGCCAUUGGAAUAUACCAUACAAGAAAUUAAGUGGGGAGACUAACUCUCAGAUCACAGCACAUUUGAAGAAUAAUCUGUACCAGCGGCAUGUGAAACGAGUUAAUAACGAGGGCAGCUUGGUGGAGGAAAAUCAGUAUAUCCUGGAGAGCACAGAGUCUUUUGUGUUAAAGUCCAGGCAGAAGCCACAGAUAAUAGGACAAGAAGACUGUGUUCAAAACAGCACCUCCAAUGGAACAGAUUGUUUCAUGGAUGAAAGCCACAGUACCAGGAUGGAUCCUGUAGAUUCCAUCAAUAAGGACAAUCAGAACACAAGAACAGUGGCAUUUUGUGAUGGCACACUGGAGAGUAUAAAAGCCGGCAUUUCUCAGGAGCAGCCAAAGAAAACCUUUCAUUCAUCAACAAAAGAUACAGCACUUCUUUCUAAAAAUCCAUCAACAAACGGGACUAAUUUUGACUAUAAUACAGAGGGAACUGCCCAAUCAGGUCACAUAGAGAAACCUAUAGUUCAGGAAGGGGAAGGCCUCCAGCAAUUCACAGACGCAGAGGCCCAAAUUAUUCAAGGUCUCCUUCAGUUACCGUGUACAGACAGGAAAAGGGUAUUCAUGAUAUACAUCUGUGGUGGAUACCAAGACUCCUACCCAGAAAGGAAUUCACUGUUCCAGAGUGUAUAUCCAGAUCUCUACAUUUACUUUAAGGAAAGGGGCUUUGAUUUCCGCAUGUUUGACUUAAGAUGGGGUUUAAAUGAUGGAGUCAGCAAUAAUCAUGGUUUUACAUCUCUACAUCUAAACACUCUGAAGAACUGUCAGGACACAGGACAUAAGGCAUUCUUUUGUUUUAUGGGACAGAAGUAUGAUCAGAUAACUAUUCCAGUGACAUUUGCCAAGGAAACCUUUGAGGUUAUUACAGCCACAGUGGAAAUGAGGAGGAAAGAAGCGAAACAGAAUAGUGUGACUGCUAUAAUAGUCAUGCCACCAGAAGAUCCUGCGCCAUCUGGGAAGGAUGAUAAAGAGCAUAAUGGGACCGUCUUUCAGCAGAAAACUUUAGAGCACGAUACCCUACAAACAACCAAUACAGAAACCAAUCAUUUCGCUAAUGGCUCAGCUAAAUUUAAAAAGAAAUCUUCUGCGAAAUAUGACAAAGAACUGGAACUUCUGACUCGGUGGUACCUGCUGGAUGAAAAUGCUGAUCCUAGUGUAUACAGGCUUCAGCCAAUCAGCACUGUUUAUGGAGACAUUUUCAGCAGAGACCCUGCUCGCAGACAGCAAGCUAAGACUAAAUGGUUAAAUACACUGCGAAAACUCUAUGACAUAUUGCAAGAGUACAUGACAUUGGCUUUUGGGAAAGAAAUGACUGACAGCGUUCUAAAAACAGUUGUACAGCAAGAGAUUGACCAAGCCUUUCAAGUGGCUGGCACACCAGAAGAUUACUUCCAUUGCUUUAAACGGAUCAUCAGUGAUGUGAAGUAUAACCUGACAAGCAAUAGAGUCUCAGAAUAUAUUGAUGUCCUUCCAACAAAAUCUGAAAUCAACAAGACCCUGUUUGAUGCACAGCAGGGUGUCAUCCAAAGCAUUCACCAGAGAUUGCGCCAUACAAAUAUCUCUGAAUACAUUGUGAGCUGGGGUUGGGAUGGAAUCAACCCUGUAAGCAACAGAUCUCAUGCCUAUUAUUUGGAGCGCCUGGGAAAUGACUUUCGGAAAAAAGUCAUUGCACAUUUUAAUAGAAUAACGAAUUAUCUUAACGAAACUGAAAAAAGUUGCACAAGGAGAGAUUCUAUCAGAAAUCAAAUAAAGGAAGAGAUUUUGGAACAUGCUAAGCACUGCCACACACUUGUAAAUUGCUUCAUGGGCCGUGAGUCUUUUCUGCAAGAAUUACAAGACUGCAUAACAUCUGCCAACAAGCAACUAGUGGUGGUUCAUGGGGAGUCGGGUAGUGGAAAAAGCUCAAUUAUUGCCAAAAUCGCUACGCUGGCUUCCCAGUGGAUAGGAAGGGACAUUAGAGUGGUGACAAGAUUUAUUGGUAGAACCGGAGAAAGUCGAAAUCCCCGCAUGUUGCUAUACAGUCUUUGUUUUCAGAUUGCAGAAAUCUACAACAUCACAAUGGAUUUUUCUGAGGACCUGAAAGGAUUAAUAAAUGAGUUUUCCACGUUGCUGGAGUUUGCUAAUAAAUGUCGCCCUCUGAUGGUAGCCGUGGAUGGGAUUGAUGAGUUAUCAGUGCAUGAAGAUAGUCUUUCCUGGAUACCUAGAGUGCUACCAAGACAUGUAUAUUUCAUAGUUUGUGCCUCCACUGAGUCUGCGUGCUCUUCCUUCAGAACAUUACAGAAACUUACUAUGCAACAAAAUGUUCAUCAGAUUCCGCCACUGGACUCUGAAGAAAUAAGAAAUAUGAUUGAAGUCUGGAUGGAAAGGGACAAUCGUAGGCUCACUGGUCGCCAGAAGAAAGUCCUUUUUGAUGCAUGUGCUGCUUGCCCUCUUCCACUCUAUGUAGUCAGCUCAUAUAUGGAAUCAUGCCUAUGGACAUCUUAUAGCUCUGAAAGUGAUUCAUAUCUGCAGCCUAACCUACAUAAGUUAUACUCUGCGGUUUUGGGUAGACUGGAGAAAAGUCAUGGAGAGCAAGUCAUGAAGAUGGUUGCCUCUUACAUUUCAUUGUCAAAAAAUGGUGUUACAUUAGAGGAAUUACUGGAUUUGUUGUCUCUUGAUCUAGGUGUCAUGCAGGAGGUAAAACAGUACCAGAAUAUAACUGUAUCGGUCUUUCCAGAAGCACUGUGGAUCAAGCUACAGAAUGAUAUUGGGACACAUUUAGUGGAACAAAGGACAGACAACACUUAUGUUAUAAAUUGGGCCCAUGCACUUUUUAGAGUGGUGUGUAUAAAUAGGUAUUUGAAGUCUAAGGAACUCCAGCUUUCUGUUCACAGUGCCUUUGCGAACUAUUACCUUGAAUCCAAGAGCCGACAUAACCACCCAGAGAAAGUUAGCCUUAUGAUGCCCCUCAUGUGGACAGGAACACAUAGAAAGCCCGUGUUUAACCUUCGUAAAAUCCUUGGAAUUUCUCACCACCUCAUCCACUCUAAUCAGUUCCCUCGGCUUAUAACAGAGUGCUUAUUUAAUUAUGAGUACCUCUUGCACAAAGUUUGGGCCACCUCAGUAGUUGGUCUGCAGGAAGAUAUAAAGGCAGCUAUAAAUCCAGAAAGGCCAGCACCUGAUCUAAACCUGCUAUCUGAAGCUCUUCAGCUUUCCACAAAGGUGCUACUCAGAGAUCCUACUCAGCUGGCUUCCCAACUGAAGGGGCGCUUACAUCAGAUAGAGAUGUUAGACAAGCCUGUAGCACCAGGUGACCCCAUAAAAUAUCCAUUAUUGCCUACAUUGUUGAAUCAGUGCCAUCAGUCCUCUAUUCCUGUUUUUCUGCCAUCCUUUACCUGCCUCCUGCCACCUGGGGGAUUGCUCUUUGACAUGCUAUCAGGACACACAGAGGCUAUUACAGCUGUUGCAGAAUUGCAGAAUGGCCUACAAGCGGUGACAGCAUCCAAGGAUGGCACAUUAAAAGUUUGGGACUUGAGUACUGGCAAAUUCAUUUAUACGCUUCAUGGUGUUGGAAAAAACAUAGACUCUAUUACUGUAUGUAUGCAGAACCAAAUAGUUGCAUUAACAGAAGAUCAUUCCUUCCAAAUUUGGGAUCUUACUAGCAGGAAAGUGAUCUAUUGUGAUAAUGAUACUUUGGACAUUCCCAUCUUGACCUCUGCAAUGGAUGGCCAACUCCUUUUGGCAUUUUUUGAUGGAAGCCAUUUGGUCAAGGUGUUUGACUUGGCAGACUCCUGCAGGCUUGUUUGCCAGGUAGCCAUCCCUGCUGAUGAGGCACCUGUUCACAAAAAUCAUUCCAUCCUGGUUUCCCGAAAUUCAGUUAAAGAGUAUGUCUUGUUUGCAUAUAGGAGUGGGAAAGAGGCCAUGGUGCUGAAUGCCAGAAAGGGAAUUGUUGUUGCCAAACUAACUGCGCAAGACCCAGUGGCCUCUGUCCAAGGUGUUGCUGUAACCAACGAAUAUUUCUUAGUUAUCUGCAGGUACCCAUCCUUGAAGAUGCAUGACAUUGUACAUAUAGAGCUCUUCAGUGUGAACACCUUUGCUUACAUCCGCACUGUCAAAGGCUGCAGCAAUGACUUCAUUUGUCAGAUUGCUGUGAAUCGGCAAGGAUCCCACGUGGUGGCCUUUUCUCAGAUACCCAACACAAACACCACUGAAAUAGUCCUUUGGAAUUUGGAAACUGAAGACCACAAGCAUAUUGUUACAUUUCCAUCAAUACCCAGGGGAGGCAUAUGCUGUGACUUGCGUUAUUGUUUAGCUUUUUGUGAUGGAGAGAACUACCUAAGGUCAUGGAACCUGGUCAACCGUAUAAAUGACCAGACUCUCAGCAUGAACAUUAACAGGUUAAAGAGAACUGAUGGGAUCCAAGAGAUUAUCACAAUGAAGAAUUUCCCCAGGUAUGCGAUCUGUAGAAGUAUGAAACCAGGUCUCAUCACAGUCUGGAAUAUUGUAAAGUCCAAGUGCAAAGGGAGUGCUGUAAGGGUUGAACGUGGGCUGGUGGAAAGCACUGAUAUUGUACUGGUCAGAGAUAUGAAACUCUUUAUUCUGACUGACAGAGGGAUGGCCUCAUUCACUGAAACACCAAGACCUAUAUUUCAGACUCUUCUUACUUAUGACAUGUUAAAGAAAAAAUAUGUGCGGAAACAGAGUGGUCUGUAUAUCAUUCCUUGUCCAAAACAUGAAUACAGGGUCUUGGAUGGAGGCUUACUCUUGGGACUGUCUGAAAACCGGGACCAUUUUGUCAUUUGGAACAUGGACACAGGAUUUAUAAAAGAGCGUCUCAGGCCCAAAUAUAAGGAGAGAAAUGCAACAGACUUACUGCCAGAGCCUGAUGGAUGCAAAGAGAAAUUAAAUAAAGAAGAGCUACACCAGCAAAAAAAACAAAAAGGGACAGUGCUUCUGACACCAUGGGAAAGACGCAAUGAAACUAAAACGGCAAAGAGACGUAGGCUUGAUGUAGAAAUGAAGCAGGAGGUGGAAAAGAUGCAGCAUCUAUUAAAUGAGAAAAAUAAUGCUAUCGACCAGUACCUUCUCAGUGAGGAUGAAAAGGUGAUUGUGUGUUCGUAUUAUGCACACCAUCUCUGUGUAUUUAGCUUGGAGACCAUGACCCAUCUGAGUACUCUGGAGGACACAGAAUCUAUGCUUUUCUUACACAGCGCAGCUUUGACUUCCAACGGUAGCUUCCUGGCUCUUUCCAACUAUUGUGAUGCUGAAAAGAUCAGCUAUGUGACUUUGUGGGACCUACAACGUGGAAGGGUUAAAAAACGACUUAAAAAUGAGCCCAAUGUCUGCUGCAUGGCUCUAACAGAUGAGGCUGAUCGAAUAGUUUUUGGCAUCGCUUUGGAAAACAAACUGAAGGUUUGGGAACCAUUUAGACGUAAGCACAAAAUUAUUCCAGGUUAUGAAAACCUGAACCUCUCAGUUGACAGCAAACUUCAAGUAAUAGAAGGAGGAUCAAAGGCCAUUUUGCUAUCAGGUGAAGUCAGUAUGUGGAACUUGGAUGAUGGAACCUUAGUGUCUGUUUUCACACCAGACAGUAAAAUCUGUUGCUUGUCUCUAGCCGCAGAUAGAACAACUAUCCUUAUUGGCAUGAGUGAUACACCAUCCCUCAUCAACCUGAAAAUUGCAUCAAGGGAUAGAGAAAUCCUAUCUUCUACAGGCACAAAUUUGUUUGGAGAGGAGUCAUCAAGCAGUGAGGAUGAACCUGACGAUAAAGAUACAUUGUUAAACAUCUAGGAAUGAUAUACUAGGAUUCUUUGUUACAAUGAUGUUACACUGAAUACAACAGCUAUUUCCUACUAGAGGUCACAUCAAGCUCAGUGGGGUCCUGAUCUUCUGAAUAGUAACCACAUAAUGCAGUCACAGUACUGGAAAUAUCCUCACUGAAUGGACCAUGGUGGCCAAGCUCAGUGAUAUCCUCCUCAGAGGAGGGCAGGCAGAGUUGGUGUCCACUUAGAACUUAAGAACUAACAACGGAUGUUGGUAAAAGUUGCCCUGAGUUGGACUAAAAUGCAAACAGAGACAUAAAUACAGGAAUAUUUUCAAAAGUCAAAAAUCAUAUAUACUUAGCAGUGACAACACUGCCCCAGACAUUUAGGUAGCAAUCUUAAUAUUGUUUACGUUAGUUAUACCAUGAAAAACCUGAUAAAUCUAUAGGUUUUGUAGAUUUAUUGCAUGGACAUGCUAGGGACCUGCAACUUGUGCUUCGCCAGCAGUUGUUUCACUAGAACUCCCUAAAACCCACUAAUUCAGCAACUGAUGCAAAGCCAGUACGUUUAAAAAAUGUAAGUGGUUUUAUUUUCCACCCCCCUUACAGUUGCAGCUAAGUAAUUUAUUGAAAAAAGUUAUUAUUUAAAAACAAAAGGGGCCAGAUUCAGUCUUUAAGGGUAGAUUUGUCGCCAUACGCAAGUAGAACACAUGGUUUGUGGUGAUUUAGAUUACUUGUGGGAAUAUGAAGAUGAAGACAAUUUUCUGCUAUUAAGUCUGAUCACCACGAAUAACGUGUUUUACUUGUAGCGACCAGAAGGUAUGGUAAAGGAAAACUAUACCCCUGAACAGUGUUGGUCUCUGUAAAAAUAUAUUAAAACAAGCUCAUAUGUGAACCCUGCUUCAUCUAAAUAAACCAUUUCAGAAAAAUAUACUUUUUUGGUAAUAUGUGCUAUUGGUAUAUACUAAAGGCUGCCCCCUGGGAUCAUAGGAUUCACAGUGCACACAAACAAGCCAAGGCACACAUACAUGCUAGGCCCCAUCAGCCAAUGAAUGGACAGAGUUCUGCCUUUUGCUCCCACACUACUUCAUGUUACAGUUAGAGCUGCAUUAUUUCCGGUCAGGUGAUCUGUGAGGGGCCACACAUUCACAUGAAUGGCUGGCAAACCUGCAGGAUCCUCCAUUCACUCUUUCAUAAAACUGCCCCUAGGUUUCAUUAAGGGAACUGUGCCUUUAACAGCAUAGAAGAAAAAUACUUAUAUUCUU